UUCGAUAUAAAUAACACAUCGCAAUGUCUGGGAAGUCCUUAGAGGACUUCUUUGUUCUAGGUAUUGAGGGUAGUGCCAACAAGUUAGGCAUUGCUGUUGUUCGUGGUGAUGGAGUACUACUAUCCAAUGUCCGGAAGACGUAUUCAGCUCCUGAUGGUGAGGGCUUUCUUCCUAGACAUGUAGCUCGUCACCAUCGUGAGAACCUAUCUGCCGUGCUUCGGGAGGCACUGUCUACGGCUGGUAUAAAACUAUCGCAGAUAUCAUUGAUAUGUUAUACUCGUGGACCUGGGAUGGGUUCAGGUCUUCAUGUUGGUUCCAUUGCUGCUAAGACUGUCCACUUUCUGACUGGUGCUCCAAUAGUCCCUGUGAAUCAUUGUGUUGGCCAUGUGGAGAUGGGUCGUCAUCUAAGUGGCUAUCGUUUACCGGUGGUGUUGUACGUUUCCGGUGGUAACACCCAGGUGAUAUCAUAUGACCAUGUUCGUUGUGUUUACGGUGUUCUCGGUGAGACUUUGGACGUUGCUGCUGGUAAUGUACUAGACCGUUUAGCUCGUCUUUUAGGGCUGCCUAACAAGCCUGCGCCAGGGUAUUCCAUAGAGGUUGCAGCUCGUUCCGGCGAGCGAUUGAUUUCUUUACCGUUUGCAGUAAAGGGCAUGGACUGCUCACUCAGUGGGUUGCUUACAUACUGUGAACAACUGAUAGAGCGUGAGCGCAAUUUACUAUCGUCUGGUGAGAUUACGGAAUCUGAUUUUUCUAGGUUUACCUGUGACCUAUGCUUCAGUGUUCAGGAACACAUGUUUGCGAUGUUAAUUGAGAUGACUGAGCGUGCAAUGUCCUUUGUGGGUGCUAAUGAGCUAUUGGUUGUUGGCGGUGUUGGUUGCAAUUUACGUUUACAGUCGAUGGCUAGUGCCAUGGCUGAAUCUCGUGGUGCUCGUCUUUAUCCCAUGGACGAGCGUUACUGCAUUGACAACGGGGCCAUGAUAGCCUUUGCUGGGUUAAUGGACUACCUCCAUGGUAAAGGCUCAGAGGCGGCUGUACCCGCUGACAAAGUCAGCAUUUGCCAGCGUUAUCGCACUGACCAGUGCGUAGUCACAUGGAUAUGAAAUAUUAGCAUUAGCU